AUGCUCUCGCUGAAGAAGGCCCCAGCGGCCCCCUCCCGGGCCCUCGCCCGCCUCUACGCGACGCGCAUCCCCGAGCGUCCGCGGAUGCGCAUCCACGACCCGCUCGAGUCCCCCUCCGCCACAUGGACGGACCUCCCGGACGCGGCCACGUCCUUCGUCCACCGCCCGCCGCCAUCCACGCCGUCCCCGCACUCGUACACGACCGCGCCCUCCUCCGCCCUCCUCCGCCCGCCGACCGCCGCGCCCCCGUCGGCGGUGCCCGCCCCGCCGCCGCUGCUGAAGCGGGCGGACGAGGCGCGGCCGCGCGUGAGCGACGAGGACGUCGCGCGCAUCCGGACGCUGCGGCGGGAGGACCCGGCGACGUGGACGCGGGGGCGGCUCGCGAAGGAGUUCGACUGCGACCCGGCGCGAGAAGGAGCACGCGGUGCACCGGGGCAAGUGGGGGAGCGGCGAACGAUGGCGCGGGAGCUGCGGCAGAAGCGGAAGGAGUUCUGGUAG